AGCCUUAUCUUUACUCACUUUGCUUCCAAACUGACAUGGCUUCCACAUUCCUCUCAUAUCCUGCACUUCCUCAUCUACCCAAUCUCUAUCCAGCAAAAACAUCACCAAGCCCAUCUGAGCUUUUCAGCAUUAACACUCAUCCCAGAAAGCACUUCUCCAUAAGAUGCACUGCUUCAAAUGCCACACCCCCUGAGCCAGAACUUCAAACCCCAGAUCCUACUACAAGAACAGUUAACAGUCCAGAGACAUUUCCAAUUGAGAAGAGAAGGAGAUCAGAGAUAAUUAGAGAAAGAAGUUCAAGAACUGGUCUUGUUCAAUCUGAGCCACCAAACUUUGAAAUUGGUUGGAAGAGGACCAAAGAGAUUAGUCAUGAAAAGCCAAUUGGGUAUGUCAUAGCUGACUUUUUGGAGAAGCUGGAGACUCUGAUGGGGAAGGAAUUUGGGUCAGCAGAACUGUUGGCAAAGGUGGGGGAAGUUGUUGCUGAAAGGGCAAGAGAGGAGGCAGAGGUUUUGAGAGAUGAAGGGAAAGUGGAGGAGAGAAUGGUGACAGAGCUGUUUAGAGUGUUGAAGUUGAUGGAAAUGGACUUGGCCAUGGUGAAGGCUGCUGUGAAGGAUGAAACAUUGAAUGAGAGGCUUCAGCAGGCCAAGGCAAGGUGCAGGCAAGCCAUACUUGUUGCUUACUCCUUUUGAACUCUUCAUGGGAAUGUGACAUGGUUACAAUGUAAUUAGAAGUUGAAAUUGCUGCUGAAUAUUUUGAAGUGCUUGAUUGAUAUUUCAAUAAUCAUCAGGUUUUUUCUUUUACCUAUGAGAAACAGUAUAAUAUCCACACACAAGUAAUUUAUUUUCA